UUUUUAUAUUGAUGACUUGUUGAAAUGAAAAUACUUUCUAUAUAUUGGGUUAAAUACAAUAUUAUUUUAAAGUCAAGUUCACCUGUUUCCUUUGGCUUUUUUUUUUCUUGUGGCUACUAGAAAACUGAAAAUCACAAAUGGGGGGUGGUCCCAGGAUCUUUCUGCUGGACGAUGGGGCUCCAGAUGCUCAGGAAGCCAUAGGUGCCUUCUUUCUCCAGGAGGUGGCGGUCUCUCCCCAUUUUUGACACCUCCAUUCUAGAAAGGUCUGGAAAGUUCCUGGGGAAAUGGCCUGUGUAACAAAGCAGGUAUUGAACCCUAAACGGGACAGGGCCACAGUCAGCCCUGCAGUGAUGUCAGCCUAUCCACGCAAAGGAGGCGUCAAAAGAAACCCACAGGAAGUCAAGGAGCUAAGUGCCACCUUCCUCAACAGAAGAAUCAACACCUAGUUGAUAGAUUCUUGCUCUAGGUACCGAGUGCGUUACCACGUGUUCAGUGAAAUCGCUGUUUUCCAGGCAUUUCUAGGCCUUUGAAGGAGAUGGGCAUGCAGUGGACACACUGUGGUGCCCAGGCCAAGUCCACCUUUAGGUCCAGGGAACACGUCCCACCUGCUGAGGCUCACAGCUGCAGUUCCUCCCCAGAGAUGGUUCUUGGCUGAAAGAAGAUGCCUCGUCCAGCCAAUGACUGUCCCUACGGAGCAACAAAGUGUGGCCCUCUGGCCUCAGGCCGUGGUCCCAGGGAACAGACUAUAAUGGAGUCUGUCCCUGAUCCUGGCCUGCUAAGGAGGACCUCCCUCGCCAGUGGUGGGUAGAAUAUUCUGGCCCCUGGCAUGCUGCAGGGGUACAAUCAUUACAACGUUCACGGACAGGGAACUGGGAUGGGAUAGCAGCGAAAGGAAAGGCAGCAGUGUGAGAAAAAUCUCAGGUGUUUCAGGAGCAUGUCAGUAUAAGAACUGUAGGUGCACCUGGCCACUCCUGGGGACAGGCACCCUGGGCACAGACAGCAAAAGCCUGGGCUUGGGGUAAAAUCCAGAGUGUUUCCUUGGCAGCAGGUAAAGAAGCUCACAUCCUGAAGUUGGGGGCGGUGAGAGAAGGAGCGGGCCAGGCUUGGGACGGAACCAAAGUAACAGAGCCCCAGGGGAGGGGAAUUCGCAACCUUAGGGAGUCAGGCAAGCCGAGGGGCUUCCUGGUUGGGAAGAAGAGGGAUCCGAGACAGGUGCGGGUAUCUGGCUGCUGUGACUGCGCCCCUCCUGAUAGGGUGGCUCCAGACAGCUUGGAGGAAGGGAUCCCGAUGUCCCAUCCGGUGCAUCUGUUGAGACCCCCUAGGUUCUCACGCGGGAAUUGCGCUCCGCUGGAGGAAGCUGCCUCAGCAGGACGGAUGCAGGGCCACGAGGCCUGCCCCCUGCCCCCUGCCUCCAUCCAGGCGUCUCUGAGGGGCUUUUGGCUCCUUCUGCUGUGAGCCGAGGCCUCUGUAGCAACGGCGUCAUCACAGCCCAACUUCUCCCUCUGCCGAGCCCUGCUUCCCCUGCUCCCCGCCAUGGAGGCGGGGGUGGGGAGGUGUGGGGGGGUGAGACUCCCGCACUUAAUUCUCCAGCUGAGUCUCUGUCCCCAGGGAACCUGCUAGUGACAGAUUAAGGUUGCUAAGGUAAAUACGAUUAGGCAAGAUGUGCUCGGUGCCAGGUGUGUGGGGCACAUGUUCAGAGCAGGGGAGGGGCGAAGAGAAGGAUGCCCCCCAAACCCGCGGAAAAAUGCAAAUAGAUGCUCAAGCACCUGAACGGAGGGCUGCCUUCCCUGCCUGUCGGAGCCUUUCGGCUGCUCUGCCUGGAAAGUUGGGGUCUUGGAGGCAUCAUCAGCACUGGGGACCCCCUGACCCCCAGGGCCUGCCACUUCAUCUCCUGCAGUGGGAACCGGGCAGGAUGGAGGUGGGAAUGGGGAGCAGGUGGGGCUCCAAGUGGGAAGUUCCUGGAAGCCCCACCCCACACCCCGCCUUCUAGAUGCAUCUGAGCUACCCCAGACUCUGCACUGGAGGUGGGGUCAGGUGGGAUGAGGUUGGGGGGCGGGGAAAGAUGUCUCCAGGCCCCCAGACCCUCCAGUGGCUCAUUAUACCUUUGACCACCACCCUCUACCCUGCUGUCACUCUGUUUUGUCACUAUGAAUUUGUUCCUUUUUUUGCUUUUUGGGGCCGCACCUGUGGCACAUGGACGUUCCCAGGCGAGGGGUUGAAUCUGAGCUGCAGCUGCCAGCCACAGCCACAGCCACAGCAAUGACAGAUCCAAGCUGUAUCUGCGACCUACACCGCAGCUCACAGCCAUGCUGGAUCCUUAACCCAUUGACUGAGGCCAGGGAUUGAACCUGCGUGCUCAUGGAUACUAGUCAGGUUCUUAACCCCCGAGCCACAGUGGAAACUCCACAGUUCUGCAUUUCUAAUUGAGCAAAUGCUGUAGAUGGUAGUACUCUCGGGCUGCCUGAGCUGGAAGGACCCUCAAAGGUGGGUUUGCCCAGGCUCCCAGGGGGCAGAGAGUGAGUGCCCGCGCCAGCCAGUUGGCGGCAGGGCAGGCAUUAGAGUGGGCCCACGAGGCUCAGCCCCGAGCUUUUCCCCCCAAACCCUGGGACCUCAGCCCACCGCCGUAAUCCUCUGUGCGCAGUGUCUGCGUGCGGGUCCAGGGCAUGAGGCUGCCGCAGCCCCGCUGGCUUCGUCCUGCCUGUAGCGCAGAGGCGGGGUGGGUGGGGGAUUAGACAUCUCUGAGAUCAAUGUCACGUGCCGCCCGGCCACUCAGCUGCACCAGCCGUGAGCCCGGGAGUCCAGAUUUUUCUGGUUCCUGAGCCUGUGGACAGCUGAGGAGGGACUGGUUGUGUGGUGGGAACGCUGGAGCCCCUGCCCCACAGUCCUGGUAAGCGGGACCCCUGUCUCUGGCUCCCAGCCUUCAGGAACAAGAGUGCCCUGCUUGGGGCUUGGAGACUCGGGGAAAGAAGAUGGAGGGGGAAGGGCAGACACUGUGCAGACCAUGCAGCUUUGUGACGCAGGGAAGGACUCCUCUACGGCUUGUCCCUCUGCAGGGGUUCGUGGGAGAGAGACAAAGAAAGACCUGGGGACCCAGUGAGAAGGGACAGGGCAGGAGGGAUCCAUGCAACCUGUAAGCUUGCUCCACCCAAGCCCCCACUGCAGAUCCACUACCAAGAGGGCAGAUGCCCCACCACCCUGGACGCUUGGCAAUGAGGACCAGACCCCUGACCAUCGCUCCUCGCCAGCAGGUGCCGAGGGGCCUUCCUCACCACAGAGGCCACUUCUGAAGCUGGGCCACCCCCACGAGUUGGCAGCAGCAGCCAGGAUGUCCGCUCAGACCAGCCACUACCUGAAGCCCAGGCCCCUGAGCCUGCCACCUACCAUCCCAGAGUCCCCAAGCCGCCAGCGGCGCCACACACUCCCCGCCAGCGAGUUUCGCUGCCUCACCCCGGAGGAUGCUGCUGGCGUGUUUGAGCUCGAGCGAGAAGCCUUCAUCCCUGUCUCGGGCACCUGCCCCCUGAACGUGGACGAGGUCCGGCACUUCCUGACCCUGUGUCCCGAGCUGUCCAUGGGCUGGUUCUUGGAGGGUCGCCUCUUGGCCUUCAUCAUCGGCUCCCUGUGGGACAAGGAGAGAAUCACUCAGGAGUCGCUGACGCUGCACAGGCCCGGGGGCCGCACAGCCCACCUGCACCUGCUGGCCGUGCACCGCGCCUUCCGGCAGCAGGGCAAGGGCUCGGUCCUGCUCUGGCGCUACCUGCACCACCUGGGCAGCCAGCCGGCCGUGCGCCGGGCCGUGCUCAUGUGUGAGGCCAGGCUGGUGCCCUUCUACCAGAGGUUCGGCUUCCGGCCCGUGGGCCCCUGUGCCGUCUCCGUGGGCUCACUGGUCUUCACGGAGAUGCAGUGCUCCAUGCGGGACCUCGUCUCCCAGCGCAGGAACAGUGACUGCUGAACUGGCCGCCACGUGGGGGGCCCACGGCCGGUUGCCUGAGGUGUGGGGAGGCAGGCUGGGGGGUCCUACCCUGUCCCGGUGUCCCCUUCUCUGCCCUGGCCUUCCCCCAACUCGCCCCGGCCCGAAGGGAGACGGGGACGCCCAGGGGGUCGUGGAGAGGCUGGGGACUGAAAUAAAGAGAUGGGGGGGGCCGCUGCUCCUGCCAGGCUGCCCUGCUGGGGCC